UGGUAUUCAAAAUCAUCAUCAGGAGGAAAUAUUAAAGCAAUGUAUAUGUUAGGUAAUUGUUAUUAUGAUAAUAAUGAUAAAAAGAAAGCAUUUGAAUUAUAUUUAAAAUCUGCUAUAGGAGGUUAUAAUAUUGCAUCAUUUAUGGUAGGAAAUUGUUAUCAUUAUGGUAAUGGUAUUUUAAAAGAUGAAUAUCAAGCAUUUGAAUGGUAUUUAAAAUCUGCAAAAAAAGGUUAUAAUUAUUGUCAAUAUAUAGUAUCAAAUUAUUAUAAUGAUGGUUUAUAUGUUAAAAAAAAUGAAAAGAAAGGAUUUUAUUGGAAUAGAAAAUCUGCAAUAAAUGGUUAUAUUUACGCUCAACAUAAAUUAGCAAAAUAUUAUUUUGAUGAUACUAUUAAUAAGAAUCAAAGUAAAGCAUUAAAAUGGUAUUUAGUAUUAUCAAAUAAAAAUUCUUUUGAUGCUAUUCAUUUGGUAUCAAAAUGUUAUAGGGAUGGAAUUGGAACUGAUAGAAAUUUUCCCGAGGCAAUAAAAUGGUUUGAAAAGACAUUAUAUUAUUAG